AGGUGGGGGCGGGACAACCGAAGUUCUCAAUGUCGGAGAGCGCGCGCUGACAUCAACCUCCCCACGCGCAGCGCCCAGAAAAACAUCGCUCGAAAUUUUACCAAUCGACUCCUGCAGUCUGUUUACCAAAUUAUCCUAAUUUUUUAUAUACGAGACAUUCCCAGAGCACCGAGGUGUCGAUGAAUCCUUCCGGGAUAGUCCUCGUGGUGCUUCUGCUGGUGGUCCUGACAGCGCAAGGCUGUCUGUCGUCUAAGGGGGAAGACAGGCUGUUCAGGAAUUUAUUCAGGCGAUACAACCAGUUCAUCAGACCCGUGGAGAAUGUCUCUGACCCUGUCACCGUGGAGUUUGAGGUCUCCAUAUCCCAGCUGGUCAAAGUGGAUGAAGUCAAUCAGAUUAUGGAGACCAAUUUAUGGCUGAGACAUGUCUGGAAUGACUACAAACUGAAAUGGGUUCCCAUCGAGUAUGACGGACUUGAGUUCAUUCGUGUGCCCUCCAAUAAGAUAUGGAGGCCGGACAUCGUCCUCUACAACAAUGCUGUGGGAGAUUUCCUGGUUGAGGACAAGACCAAAGCUCUGCUGAAGUUUGACGGCACCAUCACCUGGAUCCCCCCCGCCAUCUUUAAAUCCUCCUGCCCCAUGGACAUCACCUACUUCCCCUUCGACUACCAAAACUGCUCCAUGAAGUUUGGCUCCUGGACCUACGACAAGGCCAAGAUUGACCUCGUGCUCAUAGGGUCAAAGGUGAACCUCAAGGACUUCUGGGAGAGUGGCGAGUGGGAGAUCAUCGACGCGCCGGGCUACAAGCACGACAUCAAGUACAACUGCUGUGAGGAGAUCUACCCAGACAUCACCUACUCUUUCUACAUCAGACGCCUGCCUCUCUUCUACACCAUCAACCUCAUCAUCCCCUGUCUCCUCAUCUCCUUCCUCACCGUCCUCGUCUUCUACCUCCCCUCUGACUGUGGAGAGAAGGUGACCCUCUGUAUCUCUGUCCUCCUGUCCCUCACUGUGUUCCUCCUGGUCAUCACUGAGACCAUCCCGUCUACAUCUCUGGUCAUCCCCCUCAUCGGGGAGUACCUCCUCUUCACCAUGAUCUUCGUCACCCUCUCCAUCGUCAUCACCGUGUUUGUGCUGAAUGUCCACUACCGUACGCCUAUGACCCACACCAUGCCGGCCUGGGUCCGGUCUGUGUUCCUGGGUUUGCUGCCCAAGGUGCUGCUCAUGAGGAGGCCUGUAGACCAGGGCUGCCCCUCCUCCUUGGGGAGUGGGAGAGGAGAUGGAACAGGAGGUGGGAGUAUUGGAGAUGGGGGUGUAGGAGGAGGAGCGAGUGGAACAGGGAAGAAGAGGAAGAACAGCAUUGGGGGAGGAAUAGGGGGCGGGUGUGUGCAGGUGGACGGGGGUGUGGCCACCGCUGAAACAGGGCAGGCGGGGGAGAUGAACUGUGUGGAGUACGGCGAAGUGCAGAACAAGCCGAAUUUAGCCUGUAAGGGGAAAGAGGUGCCCAUCCCCACCAUACCCCCGGUGGUGCCCCCUCCUGCCCCCUCUGAUCCGGACCUAUCCAAACUGCCCCGAGCGCUCAGCAGCCCGCCCAAAGUCAACGCAGUGGUGGCCUUCUCCGUGGUGUCACCAGAGAUCAAACAGGCCAUCGAGAGUGUCAAGUACAUCGCUGAGAACAUGAGAACACGCAACAAGGCCAAAGAGGUGGAAGAUGACUGGAAGUACGUAGCCAUGGUGAUUGACAGGAUCUUCCUGUGGGUGUUUGUGACUGUGUGUAUCACUGGAACUCUGGGACUGUUUCUUCAGCCUCUCAUCAGCUUCUUCACAUGAACCACUACUUUUUCUCCAUUGUUGUCGUUCUGUCUCCGUUGUCCUCUCAUUCUCACCAAUCUUCCUUUUUUUUAACAUUCUCUCCCUCUCGCUUCCGUUACUUAUUGCCCAUUCUACUGGCAUCUACUGUCUUCCAGGUCCCGAAAGCAGGCAAACUAUGAAAAAGACAGCAUUCCAAUUGAUAAAACAAACCUCAUUGUAACCAUUGAUGUACUGUGAGGCCCUGUUGUUGGGACCACUGCAUUGCUAUCGCAAUUACUACCCAUUUAUAAUUCCAGUAGAGACGUUGGUUCUCGUUCUAGACAUGAUGCCAAACGGAUCUAGAAUCUGUAGCUCUGUGCUGUAUGUGGUCAGUGGCUGAGUGGAGGAGUAACUCGAUGAUGCCUCUUUCUUACUCCACAUGUUAUGAUACUGUAUGAUAUACAUCUGUAAUACCUUCAAUCAUGUGCUAUGCUUACGGCUAGGAGUAUCUCCUUACCAGGAACAACUCUAUAGGAAAUACUCCUGGCCCAGGUUAUACUGUAUAUACGACAUAUAUAUAUAUAUAUUAUGCAUGAUUUAUGAUGCUGAUUUUGAAUAUGGUUUCUGUACAGACAUGGUCGUGUGACUUUAACAUCAUUCUCAUAAAUGUAUCAUGAUAACAUGUUUGCAUCUCACACUGGGGUUGACACGACACUCAGUGUAAAUGUAGCAACUUGUAAAGAGAUACUAAUGUCAGCUGUAGAGUAGCCCUUUACACUCGUACCAGUACACGAGUUGAAAAUGGCAGAUUUGGGCGCUGAUACGCGGCUAGAUUGGAACGCAGUAACUUGCUCUAAAUGACGUCAGGGCUCAGGCUCUGUGCUUCACUGCGCUGUAUGGGUUUUGACUGACAGCCGCUCUGAACUUCAGCACCUCGUGCGACAAGAACUUGCCGACAUCCCUCCCGCUAAUUGGGCAACUUUAGCGAAUGUUUUGUUGUCUGAGUGAGGGAAAUACCUGUAAAUGAACAGGACUCAAGAGUAUUUUGAAAGAUGAGACGUAGAUGUCAUACAAGCUAGCCAAACACCCCGUGAGUCCAAAUGUGCAAUUCACAUUUCCUGAUCAUAAAACUCAUGUCAUAUACAGUGUCAACGUUUGUGAUCACUAUGUUUGAUGCACAGUUACAAGAUGACCUGCUAUCGUACCCUGGGUUGUUCUGGACAGAAGGAGCCUGUGUUUGCCCGUUGUGAAGAACAUUUUCCGCGGCACACACACCUGAAUGCACUCCUGACUCCAUUCUAUGCACACCGAAUGAUGACCUGUUUCUCUGAACUGCGUUGUGAAAGCCUAACACUGUAAUAUCUCAUGUUUUAUAACUUCGCUAGUCAUGUUGACAAUAGCACGAGCUUCCAAGUUAUGCCCAGCUGACUCAGAUAGUGAUUUAUUAUGGACCGUGUUUGGAUUGCGUAAACGGCAACGGUAAUUGUGGGAUGGCGGGGAUGCAGGGUUGUGUUCCAAACAAAACAACUACAAGUGCACUUCUUCUAGUUCCUCAACGGCACAUCGAGGAAAACUUUAAAAAAAUAACCUUAUAGUUGAAGACUCGUCUUUGAGUCAUAAAAGGGCAUUGAAAUGACUCAGGAACUGCACACUCUGGAGAGGGUGUGGCCACUUGGAGACACCAGUUAGUCCCCUCACUCAGACCCAAAGUCAUUGUUUUGUCUUAUGUUUGCACCUACCCCACAUUUUCUAGGAAUAUUCGUAUCGUGUUACGGAAUCUAUCAGAUUUCAUUAUCAACAAAUGCGGGGGCAAAAAGUACAGUAAAUGUAAAAGGUACAUAAAAUCAACAGUGUGAUGUUUGGAUUCAGUCAUGUGUCAGAUGAACGGUCGGUCGGGUCCUCACCUUUGGUCUACUCAUUUCCCCGUAAUCCCUAAACUCUUCCCUUUCAAUUGCUACCAUGGUUAUGCAUAUUAUGUUCGUAUUUCUUCUGCGAGAAACAUUUGAAAUGUAGCCCUAUCCAUAUAGUUGUACGAGUGUAAAGGGUUAAAUUCCUCUGAGUAAAAUGAUUUUAAAAAGCCAAGCCUGUCUGGUUGCUUUCAUUGACAAGGGACAUUGCCUUCAGAAAGUAUUCAUACCCCUUGACUUAUUCCACAUUUUGUUUUCGAUUUUAUAUUUGUUGUGUUAGAACCUACAUUUAAAAUGGAUUACAUUUAUUUCUCUCACCCAUCCACACAUAAUACACCAUAAUGACAAAGUGAAAACAUGUUUUUAGAAUUGUUUGCACGUUUAUUGAAAAUGAAAUACAGAGACAUCUCAUUUACAUAAGUAUUCACACCCCUGAGACAAUCAUGAGUAGAAGAAGUACCUUCGGAAGGGAUUACAGCUGUGCGUCCAAAUGGGUAAGUCUGUAAGAGCUUUCCACACCUGGAUUGUGUAACAUUUGCCCAUUAUUAUUUUCUAAAUUCUUCAAGCUCUGUAAAGUUGGUUGUUGAUCAUCGCUAGACAACCAUUUCCAGGUCUUGCCAUAGAUUUUCAAGUAGAUUUGAAUCAAAACUCUAACUAGGCCACUCAGGAACAUUCCCUGUCUUCAUGGUGAGCAACCCCAGUGUAUAUUUGACCUUGUGUUUUCGGUUAUUGUCCUAAUUAAAGGUGAAUUAUUCUCCCAGUGUCUGGAGGAAAGCAGACUGAACCAGGUUUGCCUGUGCUUAGCUCCAUUCUAUUUCUUUUUUUAUCCUGAAAAACUCCCCAGUCCUUAAUGAUUACAAGCAUACCCAUAACACGAUGCAUCCGCCACUAUGCUUGAAACUGUGGAGAGUGGUACUCAGUAAUGUGUUGUAUUGGAUUUGCCACAAACAUAACACUUUAUUCAGGACAAAAAGUGAAUUGCUUUGACACAUUUUUUGCAGUAUUACUUUAGUGCCUUGUUUGCAAACAGGAUGUAUGUUUUGGAAUAUUUUUAUUCUGUACAGGCUUCCUUCUUUUUUUAACUCUGUCAAUUAGGUUCGUUUUGUGGAGUAACUACAAUGUUGUUGAUCCA